CGCGCUUGCCAAGUCGCCGCCGCGCAGCGACCUCGUACUUGCAGCGAGUGGACGAGCUUACGCCUACUUAGCGAGUGAGAGCUACAGCUGCGCAUUUCGGAAAUGCCAAAAAAAAAAAAAAAAAUUACACAACGCGCUGAGAUUGUCGGUGCCGUAACGCAGCGCAGAAGUACAGUAUAGAGAGAGAGAGAGGGAGCGUCGCGGCGCCGGCGCGCGCGCGCUGCUUCUCUCGCGCACUCGCCCAUUCGUCAGUCACCCGUAGGACGUCGCAGCGGUGAGCUGCCGCUGUCUUUUCUCUCUCUCUCUCUCUCUCUCGCUCCUCGUGCAGCACAAGUACACGUACACGAGAGCGGAGGGUUAUUUACCCAGUUGCACGUGCAGUGGUCUAACCCCUUGGACACACACGCGGUGCGAGAUGCGAUGAGGAGAAGGAGGCCGCGCAGCGAGUGUGCCGCAUCGUAGAGGAAAGCUUGCGGGGGAGCAGGGCUUGUUGGCAGUCGGGAAAUCUCCGCGUCGGUUUCCCAGGUGACGAGAGGGUGCAAGAGAGACGGGAGAGGACUAGAGUCUAGCUCGAGAUGAGGAACUGCUGCUGCUGCUGCUGCUGCUGCUGCUGAGAUGUGAGGAAACAUAGUCGCUGCAUGCACAGUGAAGUCCGGUAUGAGUAUAGAAGGAAGAGCAGCAGUGCACCAAAGGAGAAGAUGACGAUACGCCGGCACGUCCUUGCAGGUCUGCGCCGUGCGUUCCUGGCCGCGGGCGUGCUCGCCCUCCUCAUUCUCGCCUUGUCCAGCCAGGACCGGUCGUCGUCCUCCGCUGGCGUCAACUCGCUCCGGGAACCCGUCGCUCUCGAGGAUGACGCGCCGAUGACGCAGGAGGAGCGACUGAUCGAGCAGGGCCGACUCUCGGACACGGAGUCCCGGAUGACGGAGCGUCGCAAGUACCUCGCGGAGCGCUGCGCGGAGGAGGGCCUCGACCGACCGGGCAACGAUUCGCUCCACCGGCCCAACGCCUGGGAGUUUCUUGUAAAUAGGGAGCACCACCUCAUCUGGUGCAACGUCUUCAAGGCCGCCUCGACCUCCUGGAUGUACAACUUCAACCUGCUCGCCGGGUACAGUCCGCAGUUUCUGAAGGCGUCGAAGGCGGUGCCGGUAUCGCUGGCCAGGCAGAAGUACCCGCGGCCGACGGCCGAAGAGCUCGGCAAGUUCCUCAACGACAGCCUGAGCUUCCUCAUAGUCCGACACCCCUUCGAGCGGCUAUUGAGCGCCUACAGGGACAAGUUGGAGCACAGCCUGCCUCAUACCUUCCACAGCAAACUCGGCUCCCACAUUGUCUCGCAUUAUCGAACCAAGAGCCCAAAGUCGAGUGGCAAGCGCGGGCCAAGGUACCCGCUGUUCGAAGAAUUCGUGAGGUGGCUGCUGUGCGAGUGGAAGGCCGGAAACGAGCUCGACAUGCACUGGACGCCAAUCGUCAAUUUUUGCACUCCGUGUCAAGUGCGCUUUGACGUUAUAGCGAAAUUCGAGACGCUUCACGAUGACCAGAAUUACCUCAUUAAGCAAGCUCACGUGGGUCACAUAAUUAAGCCCGAGUGGAAGAACCCGACACGGGGGGUCCAAACGAAGGACGUUGUCAAGCAAUACUUCUCUCAACUUUCAAAGAUGCAAAUCAAGCAGCUCUACGAGAUGUUUAGAUACGACUUCAUUCUGUUCGAUUACUCGCUGACGGAGUAUCUGGAGAACGGACGGGACGAGGCGACGAAACUGGUCUGCAAGAAAUGACGCUCGGAGUCCGCCUUACUGUUUAAGCUUUAUUAGCUGCAUCGCUCAGCAUUUUGUUUUCGCCUUUUUUCUAAACCGCGAAAGCCGAGAAUGCAUAUGGACGAGACAUUUUUGCGAUGAAAAAAUGCGCAAUACGCACGGCCUAGGAGAAAUCAAAUUUAUGCAGACGAUUUCGUCCUUCUGCAAAUUAGACGUAGACGCGUUGUCGCGACUGAGCGAUUUCGUUAUUUUUUAGAAGUGAACAAUUUGAUACGAAUGUAGGUAUAAAUUCACCAAAAGUGAGAUACGUAGGCAAUCAUCGUUUUAAGCGACUGUUGCAAACACUUGAGUUUUUAUAAAAAGAAAAUUUAACCACGAUUCGUUGGAUAAUCAAAAUGGCCUAUGUAACGUGAAUUUCUUGUACACGUCGUAUUAUUUGAAUCCAAACGUAAACCUCUAUAUUUACGGAGUUGAAACGCCGGGUUACGUAAUGCGAAAUUGUUGCUUUGUUGAGAAUCAAGUCUUUGGCUCGUAAAAUGAAAAAAAAAAAAAAAUAGUCCGUAGAUAACGUGGCUUGGGCACCAAAGACAGAGAAUUAGAAUAACUAUACGCCUAAUAAAACGAUAACUAAUUUACGUAAAUUUUUUAAAUUACAGCGUUUAGAGAGAUAACAUGUAAUUUGUGAUGCUACAAAUACUUAAGAAUUAAUAUUGUUAACGACGUAUAAUCUAUAAGAAAGCAGAAUUAUCUUUAAAAAAUAUAACAUCAUUUUACACUAAUAAAUAACGAGCAUAAAAGUUUAACAGAUUAUUUAUAACCGCAAGCAAAAUAAUAAUAAAAUAAUGAUACUAUAAUAGACAAAACAUGGAUAAACUAAUCAGGCACUCAAAAGACUGCCAAUUUACAAGAUUUUUCCAAAACAAUGAGAAUCGUUAUUUUUGUAAAUUGCAGGAGUAGAUUAUGAUUUACGUGCAUGUGAUAUGAGAACGAUAAUUUCGAGUGAGAAUCGAACUGAGCAGUUAUUGAAUUAAGCGGAAGCCGCUCGUUAAAGAGAAAUGAAUCCAAGCGAUAAAUCGCAUUUGUAUAAGGUCGCGCACGUUACAUGUAGGUACAAGCAUUUUUGCACCCUUUUCCACUGACAUUAAUCUAAAGAAAGAGAAGAGAUUUUACUACAGGUAGAUUUUGCUAAGUAGUUUUCAAUUGUUUUAAACUUUGCACAUUUUUAACACCUGAUAGUUUUUAACUAGCUCGCGAUGCAAACAAUGAUACAUUUGUUUAAUCAUUGCUCUAGAUCUCUAAUUUGUACUACACAUGAAACACGGCCUUCUGUGUAGAGCAAUUUUCAGCAGACUCUUUUCUGUUAGAUCUUAAUUAUAAUUAGUAUAGGAGAAAUUACUCGAUAUAGAGUUUAUAUUGUUGUUGAAGGAAAUAAUGUAAAAUUUAAAUCUGGCAAAUUAUACUGGUUUCUUGUAAAAAUGUAUAUUUUGUAAAAGGGCUAGCACAACACUAUCGAGUGCUGCCUGAGGCCCGACAUAUUACUCUACGUAUUAAUGUGUAAUAUAAAUUGGCAGGGUUUACUGUUGAACACCAUUGCAUCCGUAGCUCUAACCCUCUUUCAAUUUACAACUACUUUAUAUACAACAUGCGGUAUAUUUGUACACGAUGAAUAAAACAAUUUAAAGUGAAUAUCA